UUCAGUUACCGCGCACAGUGAGUAGUGCACAGUGGAUUCUCGCAAGGGUCACGUGGGCGUCUUUGAGGGUUCCGUUUUUUUACGAAGACGGUUUUAAUUAUUUUACAUAUUACAUCCGCUAUUGCCAAUAUGCUACCGCGAUUUCUUAGGCCUACCAUAACUGUCGCCCAGCAAGGAGCGAAACACUUGUCAACCAGCGCUAAGCGCGAUGCCAAGGUUGCUGUUUUGGGAGCGAGUGGUGGCAUCGGCCAGCCGCUGUCACUGCUCCUGAAACAAUCGCCCCUCGUUACUGAACUGUCACUGUACGAUAUCAUGAACACAGCGGGUGUCGCUGCCGAUCUCUCGCACAUAAACACAGGAUCAAAAGUGCAGGGUUUCACCGGCCCCGACGAGCUUCGGCACUCCCUCAAAGGCGCUCAGGUUGUUAUUAUACCUGCCGGUAUUCCACGCAAACCGGGCAUGAGUCGUGACGAUCUGUUCAACACCAAUGCCUCCAUUGUCCGGGAUCUCGUCUCGGCAGUUGGCGAAGUCGCGCCGAAAGCCAUGAUAGCGAUCAUCUCGAAUCCCGUUAACAGCACAGUGCCGAUUGCGAGCGAAGUGUUGCAGAAGGCUGGUGUCUACGACCCUAAACGCGUGUUCGGAGUAACGACUCUGGAUAUCGUCAGGGCGAACACAUUCAUCGGGGAAGCAAAAGGCCUCGACCCGCAGAAGACAUCUGUCCCGGUCAUCGGUGGACACAGCGGAAUCACUAUUAUUCCCUUAAUCUCGCAAUGUACGCCAUCGGUCUCCUUCCCAGAGGACCAGCUGAAAGCUCUCACCGUGAGGAUCCAAGAGGCUGGUACCGAGGUUGUCAAGGCCAAAGCGGGUACCGGAUCCGCGACUCUAUCCAUGGCCUAUGCCGGCGCGCGAUUCGGGAUAUCGCUGAUCAGGGCGCUCAACGGGGAGAGUGGAGUCGUCGAGUGUUCCUUCGUCAGGUCGGACGUCACUGCCGCUAAAUACUUUUCCACGCCGAUACUAUUGGGCAAAAAUGGUCUCGAGAAGAAUCUGGGCUACGGCAAGCUGAGCAGCUUCGAGCAGAAGCUGUUGGACGCCGCUAUCCCGGAGCUCAAGAAGAAUAUCCAGAAGGGCGAGGAUUUCGUGAACAAGAAGUGAGAUCUUCCGGGUCGAGCUAGACAAAACGGCACUCUCGCGAAUCGCACGAGACUCGCUGAUUUUCGACGCUCGUCUCGCAAUCGUGCUAAAUCAGUUUGCUACUUUUGGCGACGAGCGCGAAAAUCUGCGAGCGUAUCUCGUUUCUUCCGGUGUGUGGAUACGUAACAUGUUUGACUUACGCGACAGAUUAUGCCGAAUAUGUUUAUAAACCACCCAGAAUGAUUAAAACGAAUUAAACUGUCGAGCAGAAAUAUAUGCAAGUGUAUAAAGUAAAUAAAAUAACAGGAUACGCAGGUCGCAAUUAGGGCAUCUCCUUGGAAAACACCACCUUACACAAUGUAGCAGAGACAAUAAUAAACGUUGUUUCCG